CGUGUGGCGGUGUUUCUGAUUCUGACUUCUAUACUUCUGUAGUGCUGUACCACUGUCUGUACCUCUGKCAGCUGUGCACUUUGUAAACAUACUUUACGUAAUUCCGCAUUUAAUAAUAUUUAUUAAUAUUAAUGUGUAAUAAUUGUUAUACCUAUAAUAUUUAUAGGUAACUUAUAGUAAUUAUUAUGGUAUAAUUAUGACAGUGUUUGUGGUGUGUGUUGUGCCGAUCUAAGGUGCUGAGUGUGACUGCACGAUGCGACGAUUGAGCACGUGCAACGUGUAUUAAGGAUUUUGUGAAUUUGUUAAGGUUAACGUUUACCGAAUAUUGACAGUUGACACUCAUUACUAGUCGUCUCACCAGUCCCCGGUUCGUGAUGAUAUUUCGUUACCAUGCUUAUAUGUUCUUAAAAUGUAAAAAUCUUGUCGUCGUAGUUCAAGUGUUCGGUUACAAUCUUCGUAGAUCAUCAUAACGAUACCAUGAGUGGUAAACUGAAUACUAUGGAAGUUAAAUGUUGGAAUGCCUAUAUUUCAUAUUUUUAUUCAUUUAAGAACUUUUAUAUUCAAAAUAAAAAUGAUCAACAGAUUAUUCAAGAUAUAGCAACAAGUCUUCAACUCCUUGAAAAUGAAGGUUCAAUGUUGGUUUCCAUGAUGCCCGGAGAUCUAGUUGCAGCAAAAUAUGAAAAUGAUGGUCUUUGGUAUAGAGCUAAAAUUUUAAAUAUUGAAGAAAACUCUUAUACAGUUCAAUUUAUUGAUUAUGGAAAUUCAGAGUUGUCGUCAAAUCUUAAAAUACUACCUGAAAAAAUAGCCUGUCACCAUGCAAUGGCUUAUCAUUGCAUGCUUGAUGAUGUGGAACAUGAAGAAUAUGUAAUUACAACUGUAAAUGAUAUAUAUGAUAUUAUUUUUGACUUUUUAGGAUCUAUAGAAGUAAUUGUAACAUUUUUAAACAAUGAAGAAACCUAUUUGGUGAGUAUGAAGUGGGAUGAUAGAUGUAUAAAAAUAUUAGUAAAUAACAUUAUUUCAUAUGGAAUUACCCCCAAGACAUAUGAAAACUUGAAGACAAUUGAUMAAUCUGGUGCAAAAAUGGUUGUGAAUUUUAUUUAUGCUCAGUCAAUAAAUGAAUUCUAUGUAGAAACUGAAGAUAGUAAAGUAAUACAAAAUAAAAUUGAAUAUAUACUUGAAAAUGAAACUGUUUGGGAACCAUUAACUGAAUAUAAGAUUGGUAAAAUGGCWAUUGCAAAAAGUAAAACUGACAAUAGAUGGUACAGAGUAAGAAUUUUAAUGAUACACAAGGAAGGUGAGUGUACUUGUUAUUUCAUUGAUUAUGGAGUUCAAGACAAAUGUUCAGAAUUCUAUGAAGCAGUUGGUUAUUUAAAAACAGCUCCUCCAUUUAUAAAACUAUGUUCAUUACAUAUUCCAGCUAAAAUUGAAAAUAAAAGGCUUUCUGAGUGUUUAUCAAAAAGUUUUGUGAAUGAAAUGGAACAAUGUAAACAGAAAAAGAUGAUUUUAACUGUAAAAAAAACUGGCGAACCUACUGUAGUUGAACUMUUUGUUGAUGAUUUUAAUGUGGCCAAACUAAUCAAACCUAUUCCAGUGAUUAUAUUUAAUGUUAUUCAUUUAAAUAUGCURACAGUUCAAAUAAAUCCUCCUAGUAGACAAGUUGUAUUGGCUGAAUUAAGUAUAAUUAAAACUUUAAAUCCUGUUGAAAAACCAAAAUAUUGUAAAAUGUAUGGAGCUUUGGUGAACAAUAUCUGGUAUCGUGCAGAAUUAAAAACUAAGUUUAGAGGUUCAAUGGAUAUAAUGUUGGUGGAUAUGGGAAGUAGUGUGGUAAAUGUAGAAAAAUUAUUCGAGCUUCCUAAACACCUACAAAACAUUAAAUACUUGACUUUACRCUGUUCAUUAGGAUUGGAUGAGAAAUACUUCAGUGUGCAUAAACUAAAACAAAUAUGUAAUACUAAAACAGAGUUUAUGAUGAUACUAACUGAAAACAAUUACGUUGAUGGGCAUCUUAUACAUUUAUUUUUAAAUGAUGAAGAUGUUGCGAUGAUCAUUAAGAAAGAUUGAAUAAAUAAUUGUUUUGUUGUGUUUUCUAAUAUGAAUUCUUUUAUUCAUAAAC